AUGGAGCCUCUACCCUUUGAAGAAUCUAAGAAGCUAUUUUAUAAGAGAGUAUUCAAGUCGGACACAUGUCCUCCACAAUAUCAAGAUUUGGAGGUAAUCUCUGACGGCAUAUUGAAAAAAUACAGUGGUUUGCCACUAGCCAUAGUUUGCAUUGGAGGAAUGCUAGCUCGAACGAAAAAUAAGACAAGAUCAGAGUGGGAAAAGUUGUGUGAUAGAUUGGGUUCAGGGUUAGAAAUAAAUCCAACUAUAGGAGGAAUGAGAAGGAUACUCUCUCUUGGCUACCAUGAUUUGCCCUACUAUUUGAAGGCCUGCUUCUUGUAUCUUAGUGUAUUCCCUGAAGACUACGAGAUCAAGAGAGGACCCCUGGUUAGACGAUGGGCAGCUGAAGGUUUCAUCAGUGGAAUGCACGAAUCAAAUCUAGAGGAGGUUGCAGCAAAGUGUCUCGAUGAAUUCGUGAGUCGAAGCAUUGUUACACCAACCCGCAUUGCUAGCACUGGCUUGGCUUGGUCAGGUGCUGUAAGCAAGAAACCAAUGCCCAUCACCUUUGCUCACUUAAAACUGUUAAGGGUUUUAGACCUUGAAGGUUGUCAGUGGCUUGCUGAAGAUUUAAAGGAAAUAUGUAAACUGACUCUGCUAAGGUAUCUAAGCCUUAGAAGAACAAAUGUAGGGCUGCCCAAGCUAGUUGGAAGACUGAAGGAGCUGAAGUCCAUCCGGCACCUGUCUAUCAUCCACUGGCGCAACAGGGAUAUCGGACUUGAAGUCUUCCUGGAGUUAACAUCACCCCCCAUCUUCCUUGAAACAUUGUACUUGUGGGGAAGACUAAGUGUCCUGCCUCUAUGGAUUUCAUCCCUUAGCUACUUAAUUGAACUAUGCCUUCGAGAGAAUUUUCUUGAUGGGGAAUUGCUGGGCCAACUGGAGAAGCUUCCAAGUCUUGUAUCUCUCAAACUCUACCACGAAUCAUUCAUGGGAACACACCUCUGCUUUGAGAAAAAAAAACUAUUUCCCAGUCUCAAGAAGCUGAUUAUAGACAAUGCACCAAACCUUGAUGAGCUCAGAUUUGACGGAGGUGCCCCUAAUCUUGAGAGCCUCACGCUGGCUUUUGAGAGAGAGCCUGCAAAUGGUAUUUUUGGCAUUGAAAACCUCCCAAAACUCAUGGAGGUUGAGUUCUUCGGUGAAACUAUUUUUGAUUCCCUAGUGCAGGGAAUGACAGCUGAGGCCAAGAUACAUCCAAACAGACCAAGAGUUUAUAGAGAAGAUUGA